CGUUACAUCCCUCGAUUUCUCUUAUGUAUGUAUGUGAAAAUUGAAAAGCUUUAAAGAGAGAGAGAAAACUAGAGAAAACUAGUCCAAAGAAAAUAAUAAUAAAUAAUGAAAGAACCUUAGAGAUUAUAAAUAAGUUCACUCAGGGUCCCCUACAGGCACUGCCACUUGUGUUCUGUCUUGAAAAUCCAUUAAUUUAGCUUUCAGUUUUUUCCUCACAUAUCAUUCUCCAUGGAGAACUUGCUGGGUCUGCUCAGAAUUCAUGUUCAAAGAGGUGUCAAUCUUGCUAUCAGAGAUGUGGUUAGCAGCGACCCUUAUGUUGUCAUCAAAAUGGGGAAGCAGAAGCUGAAGACCCGGGUAGUCAAGAAGAAUCUAAAUCCUGAAUGGAAUGAUGAUUUGACUUUGUCUAUUUCGGACCCUCAUGCUCCAAUCCAUCUACAUGUGUAUGACAAGGACACAUUUAGCUUGGAUGACAAGAUGGGGGAUGCUGAGUUUGCCAUAGGUCCAUUUAUUGAAGCAGUAAAGAUGAGGUUGCAUGGUCUCCCCAAUAAUACUAUAGUUACAAAAGUGCUACCUUGUCGACAAAAUUGCUUAGCAGAAGAGAGUCACAUAGUGUGGAAGGAUGGAAAAGUUGUUCAAAACAUGGUUCUUAGACUAAGAAAUGUCGAGUCUGGGGAAGUGGAGCUGCAGUUGCAUUGGAUUGACAUUCCUGGUUCAAGGCAUCUCUAGAUCACACCUCUCUUCUUUGUCAACGUUCAAAAUGUUGAAAUGUCUUUUUCUUCUGUUGGUUUGUCUUUGCAAUUACUAGUAGCUAGUGAAAAAGAAUGGGAGUUGCUGUUUCCCUAGUUGUAAUGUAAAGCUGACUUUCAAUUAUAUGCUAGUCUUAUGUAAUAAUAUUGUACAAGAAACACAACAGAAACAUGUUGUACGUUUUUAGAAUAUCCUUAGUAUGUAAUUGCGAGGUGGUAUAUUAAAUUUUACGGUAUUAAUAGUUUAAGCAUUUUAUUGGUGAUA